UAUAAUUGUCGAGCUUUGCCACUAUUCGCCUUUACUCGACGGCAGAGCUCCGCUCCGCCUUAAUUGGACGGCAGAGCUCCGCCUUUCGCCCGAUCGCCCUCCUUCUCACCUUCGAGCUUCGCGUCAGUCGAGAUUAUCUUGGUGGAUCCUGUCACUAACUAUGGCCACUUCUUUGGAUCAAUGGACGAGGGAGUUCAAUGAAGCAUCAAGGCUUUCUGAUGAAAUUAAUGCUCUGAUUUCUGAAAGGGGCUCUUUGCCGCCGUCAGGUCCUGAAACCCAACGUCAUUUAACUGCAAUGAGGAGGAAGAUAACAAUUCUUCGGACCAGACUGGAGAACUUGGAGUCCCUUCUUUCAAAGCUUCCUAGCACACAGCCAAUAAAAGAUAAAGACUUGCAUAAGCGCCAAGAGAUGUUUUCAAAUCUGAAUGCUAAAGCAAAUCAGCUGGCGUCCAUGUUAAACAUGUCCAACUUUGGAAACAGAGAGGACUUGCUUGGAGAUGGUAAAAAGCCAGUUGAUGUGGCGACGAUAACUGCUGGGCUUGAUAAUCAGGGUAUUGUUGGUUUACAGAGGCAGAUUAUGAGAGAGCAAGAUGAGGGCCUUGAAAACUUGGAGGUGACCGUGUUGAGCACAAAACAUAUCGCAUUAGCAGUUAACGAGGAAUUGGAUCUACACACAAGAUUAAUUGAUGAUGUCGACGAGCAAGUCGGUGUAACAGACUCUCGGUUACAGAGAGUUCAAAAGAGACUGGUAAUCCUCAACAAACGCACAAAAGGUGGUUGUUCAUGCUUGUGUCUGCUGUUAUCUAUCGUCGCCAUUGCAGUGCUGAUUGCUGUGGUUUGGGCUCUCAUCAAGUACUUGUAGUUGGGGGACAUCGAGAAUGUCACGUCAUGAUGCCAUGUUCGAGUGUGGUGUUUCUGCUAGUGUUCGCCUCUGAGACUGUGAUCGUUCUCAUGUGUUUUACUUAUCGAGCUUGCAUUCGCUGCUCGAGAAAAAUGAGGAUAAUGCUGGGUGCUUUUUGUGCAUGCAAUUUUCUAGUGGGUUUGGUUUGUGCUAGUGUUUGCCUCCAAGGCUGCGAUUGUUCAUGUGCUUUACUUGUUUGAUUUGCACUCGGUACCGGAGAAUAGUAAGAAUAAUGUUGGGUGUCUUUCGCUUUUAUUCAAUGUAAAAUAUGGCUUAUAACUCA